GACAUUCAAAUAUUUUAAACAUUUAUAUCCAUAUAUAUUGUAGUUUCAUAAAUAGGUUAAGAAAUCAUUAUUGACGAAUUAUUAUGUAUUCGUUUGAAUCAGUAGUUUAAUAUAAUAAUAAUAUAGAAAGAUUCAUAUUUAACGCAUUUUAAAGUCAAUAUUAUCAAAGUUAUAUAUCCAUUAAAUUUCAAAAUUAAGUAAUUUUCAAUAUAUUAGAAAAUGGCCACAUCUAAAACAACUAAUACGUACAAUAGACAGAAUUGGGAAGAUGCUGAUUUUCCAAUUUUGUGCCAAACUUGUUUGGGAGAUAACCCAUAUAUUAGAAUGACAAAAGAAAAAUACGGUAAGGAAUGCAAAAUAUGUUCACGUCCCUUUACAGUAUUUCGUUGGUGUCCAGGAGCUAGAAUGCGCUUUAAGAAGACAGAAGUAUGUCAGACUUGUAGCAAAUUGAAAAAUGUUUGUCAAACUUGCUUACUAGACUUAGAGUAUGGUUUACCUAUUCAAGUGAGAGAUGCUGCUUUAAAAAUGAAAGAUGAUUUACCUAAAAGUGAUGUUAAUAAAGAAUAUUACAUUCAAAAUAUGGAACGUGAGUUGGCAAGGUCUGAUCCAGAUACUAUUAGUAAUAAACUUAGUGAACCAAAUGAUCUUUUGAUGCGUUUGGCUCGCACUGCACCUUAUUACAAGAGAAAUAGACCUCAUGUAUGUUCAUUUUGGGUGAAAGGUGAAUGUCGUAGAGGGGAGGAGUGUCCUUACAGACAUGAAAAACCAACAGAUCCUGAUGAUCCUCUUGCAGAUCAGAAUAUUAAAGAUCGUUACUAUGGUGUGAAUGAUCCAGUUGCUGAUAAACUACUAAAAAGAGCUGCAGCUAUGCCUGCUCUUCCUGCUCCAGAUGAUAAGACAAUUACAACAUUGUACCUUGGUAAUCUUGGAAACUUGACUGAGCAAGAUAUCAGGGAUCACUUUUAUCAAUAUGGUGAAAUCCGCUCCAUCAGUCUUGUGCCAAAACAACAAUGUGCAUUUGUACAAUACACUACAAGGUCAGCAGCAGAAACUGCAGCUGAAAAAACUUUCAAUAAACUCAUACUAGGAGGAAGACGACUAACAAUCAAAUGGGGUCGUUCACAAGGAAGAACAGGACCUUCAUCAAUUGGACCACAAGCGGAAACCUAUGAACCGGUACCAGGACUUCCAGGCGCUUUACCAGAGCUUAGCAACAACUUCUUUAAUUUAGAACCAGGUCAUAUUCCAUUGCCUAGUAUGCCGCCUCCACCAUCUUUAAUGGUACCACCUCUAUUUGCUCCCCCUCCGAUUCCACCAUUUUUCUUUAAUCCACCUCAGUUGCCCCCUUUCACUGCUCCUCCAGCUAGUACUAGUAGUGUUAAUAGUGGAAGCGAAUCUGUGGGACUGCCAAAAUCUGUGCAUUAUCCAAGUCAAGAUCCAACGAGGUUAGGGGCUACACAGCAGAUACAGGAGUAGUACUAUUGUUUUUUUUUGAAAUAAUUUUCUAUACUGUGUAUUUUGAAUUAUUAUAUGUAUUAGUAAUUA